CUGAAUGUAUAUUUUUUCUAAUAAACGCAUAAUAAUCUGAUUAUGGGUGGGUACGGGGUGAUGGCAGAUGGCGAGUCUCUGGAUUAUUCAGUGCACGAAGCCUGGAACGAGGCCACUAAUGUUUACCUGCUGGUGAUUUUGGUCAGCUUCGCCCUGCUUAUGUACGCCAGAAAAAAUAAGAGGAAGAUUAUGCGUAUAUUCACUCUGCCGCCAACAGUGGCCAGCUCCUCAGAGCCCAGUUUCUACGACAGUCUGCAGAAAGUCCGGCUGAGACAACAGCUGGAGAUGUAUUCAUUGGCUCGUAAAUAUGAUCAGCAGCAGCAGUCGGAUAGUGUGCAGCUGUCAAUGGAGUGAGCUCACCAGAGGAGGCGCUCUUCACCCACUAUUGCUGCAGAGAAGCGGGUUGCUGGAGAAUUCAUGUACUGGGGACAAAUUGCUGAAUGUUAUUUUUAUUUGAAGAGCCUUUCUUUUUAUUCUCAUCAGUCACACCUCUCAAACAUUCAGAAGUCGGCAUUUUUAGAACUUGUGAUAUGAUUUUCCUUCGAGGGCAUGGGUGGACUGUGAAACAGACUGCCCUCUGGUGUUGGAAGUGAAAUAUUAGGGCUG